AUGAAGAGUGUACUCGUAAUAACUUCGUUGAAGUUCAUGGGAACUCAGAAUCAUCGAAUCGGCAUCCCUCUUGGGAUUGAUUUCAACCUUAUCGAUCCAAAGGAGGAGUCUGGCACCGGAUUGGAUUACUUCAUGACGGUUCCAACUACGCCAUGUCAUAUGUCACCACGAUAUGGUCGCGACAAAUGCUCAAGGCAGGACUGUGCUGCUGUGCAGGUUGUAGAUCUGUUUCCCAGAGAUGAGGGCACUAAGGUGCUGGGAAUGGGCUGUAAAGUAUUUCUUCUUUUUGGAUCGUUGUUCAUAUUUGCCGGUGUACUUAUAUUUAUGGGUUUCCUGCAUUUGUUUCAUAGUACUAGUACCAGCGAUUCUGAAUUGGAUCGAAUGGACUACAAGGCUGAGCUUGAACUAAGGGAGGGGAGGAGGAUGGAGACGACGUAUUGGCAACACGAUUCACUUGACGCCACGCUCACCCUGAUCCCAACUUCAUCUACUACAUAUUGA